ACUGCCUGAGUGAGUACGCGGGCGGCUUCCGGUGUGGGUGACGAGCUGGUGGCCGAAGUCGGGGGACAGCAGUGGACUCUCAGAUUAGCGACCAUGGCAGACGGCGGCUCGGAGCGGGCUGAUGGGCGCAUCGUGAAGAUGGAGGUGGACUACAGCGCCACGGUGGACCAGCGCCUGCCUGAAUGCGAGAAGCUGGCUAAGGAAGGAAGACUUCAAGAAGUCAUUGAAACUCUUCUCUCUUUAGAAAAACAGACCCGCACUGCCUCAGAUAUGGUGUCUACCUCCCGCAUCUUGGUUGCAGUAGUGAAGAUGUGCUAUGAGGCUAAAGAAUGGGAUUUACUUAAUGAAAAUAUUAUGCUUUUGUCAAAAAGGCGAAGUCAAUUAAAACAAGCUGUUGCAAAAAUGGUUCAGCAGUGCUGCACUUACGUUGACGAGAUCACAGACCUCCCAAUCAAACUCCGAUUAAUUGAUACUCUACGAAUGGUUACAGAAGGAAAGAUUUACGUUGAAAUUGAGCGGGCUCGACUGACAAAAACGUUAGCAACCAUAAAGGAGCAAAGUGGCGACGUGAAAGAGGCAGCUUCCAUCUUACAAGAGUUGCAGGUGGAAACCUACGGGUCAAUGGAGAAGAAGGAGAGAGUGGAGUUUAUUUUGGAGCAGAUGAGGCUCUGCCUCGCUGUGAAGGACUACAUUCGCACACAGAUCAUCAGCAAGAAGAUCAACACCAAAUUUUUCCAAGAAGAAAAUACAGAGACAUUAAAGUUGAAAUACUAUAAUUUAAUGAUUCAGCUGGACCAGCAUGAGGGAUCCUAUCUGUCUAUUUGUAAGCACUACAGAGCAAUAUAUGAUACUCCCUGUAUACAGGCAGAAAGUGAAAAGUGGCAACAGGCUCUGAAAAGUGUUGUUCUCUAUGUUAUCCUGGCUCCUUUUGACAACGAACAGUCAGAUUUGGUUCACCGAAUAAGUGGUGACAAGAAGUUAGAAGAAAUCCCCAAAUACAAGGAUCUCUUGAAGCUUUUUACCACAAUGGAGUUAAUGCGCUGGACCACACUUGUUGAGGACUAUGGGAUGGAGUUAAGGAAAGGUUCCCUUGAGAGUCCCGCAACGGAUGUUUUCAGUUCUAUAGAAGAAGGUGAAAAAAGGUGGAAAGACUUGAAGAACAGAGUUGUCGAGCAUAAUAUUAGAAUAAUGGCCAAGUACUACACUCGGAUAACUGUGAAAAGGAUGGCACAACUUCUGGAUCUGUCCGUGGACGAUUCAGAGGCUUUUCUCUCAAAUCUAGUUGUAAACAAGACCAUCUUUGCUAAAGUAGACAGGUUGGCUGGAAUUAUAAACUUCCAGAGACCCAAGGAUCCAAAUAAUUUAUUAAAUGACUGGUCUCAGAAACUGAACUCAUUGAUGUCUUUGGUUAACAAGACUACACACCUCAUAGCCAAAGAGGAGAUGAUCCAUAAUCUACAAUAAGGUCUUGAUGUUUUUAGAAAAGACAAAAUUGGAAGUCAUUAAAAACAAAAAGACUUUCAUGGUGUAUAUGUUUGUUUGUUUGGUUUUUUGCCUCCCUAUUCUCUGCUCCUUUGUCUAUAAUUUUAAAAUAGUGAAUAUGUUUGAGGCUCCCUCUGACUUCUCAGUUCCCUGGUUUCAUUGUUCAAUCUGUGUUUACAUUUGGUGCAAAAACAUACACAUUCUUAUUGUCCGAAUACAUCAAAACUUGUGUCAUAUUUACCUUAGUAUGUUUUCCUAUCAUUUGAAAACUUUAGUAUUUUUCACUCAACUAGCAACCAUAUAACAAGAAUAAAUGCAAUGUAUGUGCAGUUUC